UACAUAUAUAUUUAUUGCUACUGGUUCUAUCGUCCAUUUCACUGCUCUACCAGUCUGCAGCCAUCAGGCAUCCUAAUCAGCUGCCACUGAGAUGGCCAACAGAGAUGACCAGCUGGUGCUGUGGCUGGUGCUUUCAUCAGUCCUUGUCGUUAUGGCAACAUUGACAGAAUCUUUCAAAGGUAAAGAUAUUAGGAGUGAAAGGAAAGGAAGAGUCAAACAUAAAUACACAGGGAGCUCGAUGGAGGACUAUGAGAAGAGCAUUAAUGACAUGGUGAUGCAGCUGCAGAACAACUCGGCUCUGUCCGGCAGCAAGUGCGAGAUCGAUCUGCGGCUGUGGAUGUCCAACAGGAGAAGCCUGUCUCCCUGGUCCUACAGAGUAAAUCGCGAUGAGACACGAAUCCCAACAGACAUACCUGAAGCCCACUGCCUCUGCUCUGGAUGCAUUAACCCCUUCACAAUGCAAGAAGAUCGGACGAUGACAAGCGUUCCAAUCUACACAAAAAUCCCUGUGAAAAGACAGUUCUGCGAUGGUCCAGAACAAAGGAGGAGAAAGAAGAAAUGCAACCGGAAAUACAGAACUGCCAUGGAGAACAUAGCAAUUGGCUGUACAUGCAUCUUUUAAAUGAGUAAUGCAGGCAACCCAACAGGAAACAUAAUGACAUGCACCCUUGCUUGAAAAAAAACAAAAACCUUAAUAUUCAAGUGAUCUCUAUUAUCUGAUGAAAUUAAUGUACUCUUCUCAAAGGCUGAAUUGUAAAGCUGAAUGUUUUAAAUGUGUUUAAACAAUUCCCUAAUUCGAUGGUAGCACUGC